AUGGAAGGAGAAAACCAAACCUCUUUCUCUGCCUUUAUCAUCAUGGGGUUCUCCAAUCUAAAUAACCUGCAAUUUUUACUCUUUGCUACUUUUCUUUUGAUCUAUCUGUGUACCCUUGGAGGAAAUAUCUUCAUUAUUUUGAUGACACUGAUGGACUCUCGACUACAUACCCCCAUGUAUUUUUUCCUGAGGAACUUGGCUUUUCUAGACAUCUGCUACACCACCACCAAUGUGCCCCAGAUGAUGGUGCAUCUCCUCUCAGAGAAGAAAAGCAUUUCCUUUGGGGGCUGUGUCACUCAACUUUUUGCAUUCCUUUUCUUUGUGGGUGUAGAGUGUCUUUUGCUGGCAGCAAUGGCCUAUGACCGUUACAUUGCAAUCUGCAAACCCUUACGCUAUUCAGUCAUCAUGAACAAGGCCCUGUACAGCCAGCUAGCCACCUCGUGUUGGACAGGUGGUUUGCUCAACUCAGUGGUGCACACAGUGCUGACAUUCCGUCUGCCUUUCUGUGGCAAUAACAAGAUCAACUAUUUCUUCUGUGACAUCCCACCGUUGUUGGUCUUGUCUUGUGGGGACACUUCUGUCAAUGAGUUCGUGUUACUCUUCAUUGGAGUCUUCAUUGGAUGGGCUCCCUUUCUGGGCAUCAUCCUUUCCUACCUCUACAUCAUCACUACCAUCUUGAGGAUCCGCUCUGCAGAGGGGAGACGCAAAGCCUUUUCUACAUGUGCCUCCCACCUGCUCAUUGUCCUUCUCUAUUAUGGUAGCUCCAUCUUCACAUAUGUACGGCCCAUCUCAUCUUACUCAUUAACCAAAGACAGGCUGAUCUCAGUUUUGUACAGUGUUGUCACCCCUAUGCUAAACCCCAUAAUUUACACACUGAGGAAUAAGGACAUCAGAAAGGCCCUGAACACUGUGUUGAAAAAAUAG